AAAUGGCUAAUGCUCACAUACCUGUCGAAUUCAAUAAAGAUGAUGAUGAAUUGAAAUGUCAUCCUUCCCAAAGUGGUUCCACUGCUACUCCAACCCUCUUUGAGAAUUAGAAUAACUCUAAAGUGUUCUGUGCAUAAUUUUUUGAAGACCAACUGCAUCAAGAUGGUACUUUCAAUUUUAUUUAUUUAAGAUGAUGAGUUCGAUGAACUCAAUCAGUAAUUAAACUAAGUGUUACUUAAUGAUUAAUUCAAGCCCUCACUUACCUAGGCUUUUACAGCUGACAUGUAGAUUUAAUUUUUAAAACGAUUAGGUCAUCAUAUCUUAGUCAUGAGAAGCUGACCAAAAAUUCGAGAAAGAUGUAAUUAGAAUAUUAGAAUGCCACUUUGAGGGAGAAAGAAUUUGUAUUUAACACUUAUAUUAAAAAUGAUAUUGAAAACUUUAGUCUAGAUAAGUACAAACAUUACAUCCUUGAAAAAAUCAUUGAAGUUGGUAUAUUUGGUAUGUUUAUGGUUUAGGUCCCCCAUCCCACAAAAAUCUUAUAUUAGAUCGAAUCUAUAAUCAAAUACAUAAACUCAUCAAAGAUCUCUAUGCAUGCAAGGUUAUGCAGAAGGGUUUGGAAAUCAUGAUAUGCAAUCCCAAAGACUCCCAAGAAUAACUGGAGAACUAUCUUUUCUUUAUACAUUAGGACAACGCAUAAAUGAAGAAAAUCUACGUUGACAAAAUUGCUAAUCAAAUUAUCUAAAAGAGUUUGGAAAUCUUGGAAGGAAACAAUCUAUUGAAACUACUCUAAAUUCUAUCGAAAUAUGUAAAAGAAAUAGUAUUCUUAGAUUCUCAAUAAUAACAAAGAAAAGUUCGAAUUAUCAACAGAUCAAUAUGGAUGUCUUAUUGUCAAUAAGAUAAUUGACAUCUACCCAAAAUAGUUUGAUGUCUAAACCAAAACCAUUUGUAACAAUAUUAUAGUUAGAGCUAUCGAAAAUUGUUCUUGUCUGACAAGAAGAUAGUAUGCUAACUAUAUUAUUUAAUAAAUAUUGGAGAAGGGACAAGAAGUCCAUAAAAGAUUGCUAAUGGAUCAAUAUCUCAUUAAAGACUUCAUCUCAAUGUCUAUGGAUAAAUAUGGUAGUAAUGUAGCAGAAAAAGCUAUCAUCUAUGCUGGACCACAAUGGAGAUUGAAAUUAUGGGAAGAUGAAGUCUCUAUUUCUGAAAGGUAGAUAUCAUCAUGAUAUAUCAUUCUAGUUCAUUUAAGAAAUUGAUUAAUGAUCAAUUUGCCAACUAUCCCGUAUAGAGACUAUUCGAAUAUUUGGAACAAUAGUAAAGAAACGAAUUUAUUGCUUUGCUGAAUAAAUUACAUGAGAACAAUCAACUCAAUAAUCAUGGAUAAAUUGUUAUGAAGUUUGCUUAAACCAAUUAUUCUGUUAAAAGAUACACCCAAAAGAUUGUAUAGGCAGAGUUAAACAAAUAAAGCAAGAAUUAGGAUAAAAAUAAUACCAAAAAUAAGCAGUAGAAAAAUCAGAAGUAACAAAUAAAUCAAUAAAUUCCUCAAUACUAAUAGUAAUAAUAGUAGCAACAAUAUCAACAAUAUCAAUAAUAUCAAUAAUUGAAUCAACAAUAGAUGCAAUAGAUGCUCUUGAAUUAAUAACAAUAAUUUAAAUCAUUUGAUCAAUAAUCAUAUCAAGCUGCUGUUAUGCAACAAAUGCUAUUCUUCUAACAACAAUAAUAACAUUUAUUAGCUUAAAUGCCAUAAUUUUAUAAUUAGGAUGCAAAUUAUAUGCCCUAUCCAAUUAUGUCAUAAGAAUAAUAAAUGAUGAUGUUAAGAUGGAUUCAACAGUAGCAACAACUUUGCAAUUCAAAUAUUAAAUUCCAAAAUGAAUAAUAAAAAUGAC